AACCCUCUCCCUCUCCCAAGUCCCACCCUAAUCUAUUUCUCUGUAGGGCGUAGACUGUAGUUCCCCGAUCCCCUUCCACCCCCCGCCGUUCCCUCCAAAGUCUAAAUCCGAAGAGAGGGUACUGGAACAAGAAAAUGGCGAGUCCAUUACUCCCACUUCUGGUCCUCUUUGCAGCAGCAUUACUUGUAGCUCCAACCCUCAUUAACUCCUCAGCAGUUCAAGACCCCGAAUUGGUGGUGAAAGAGGUUGAGAGGAGCAUCAACACCACUAGAAGAAAUUUGGGCUUCCUCUCUUGCGGAACAGGAAACCCCAUCGACGAUUGCUGGCGGUGCGACCCCAAUUGGGAGAAGAAUCGUCAAAGGCUAGCCGAUUGUGCAAUUGGGUUCGGGAAGCAGGCCAUUGGUGGAAGGGAUGGCCGCAUCUAUGUCGUCACUGACUCCGGCGACGACGACCCCGUGAACCCAAAGCCGGGGACCCUCCGGUACGCCGUGAUCCAAGAUGAGCCAUUGUGGAUCAUCUUCGCACGCGACAUGGUGAUUCAGCUCAAGGAAGAGCUACUAAUGAACUCGUUCAAGACCAUCGACGGCAGGGGUGCCAGCGUUCACAUUGCCGGUGGGCCAUGCAUUACCAUACAGUACGUGAACAACAUUAUCAUACACGGCCUCAACAUCCAUGACUGCAAGCAGGGCGGGAAUGCCAAUGUGAGAGACUCCCCGGAGCACUAUGGGUGGAGGACCAUCUCCGAUGGUGAUGGAAUCUCCAUAUUUGGGGGUAGCCAUGUGUGGGUGGAUCACUGCUCUCUCUCCAACUGCCAUGAUGGACUCAUCGAUGCCAUCCACGGAUCAACUGCUAUCACCAUUUCUAACAAUUACAUGACCCACCAUGACAAAGUGAUGCUCUUGGGCCACAGUGACACCUACACCCAAGACAAGAACAUGCAAGUCACUAUUGCCUUCAACCACUUUGGAGAAGGGCUGGUGCAAAGGAUGCCAAGGUGUAGACAUGGAUACUUCCAUGUGGUGAACAAUGACUACACCCACUGGGAGAUGUACGCCAUUGGAGGGAGUGCUUCACCGACCAUCAACAGCCAAGGGAAUAGAUUUGUGGCACCGGAUGAUAGAUUCAGCAAAGAAGUGACCAAACAUGAGGAUGCACCAGAGAGUGAAUGGAAGAACUGGAAUUGGAGGUCUGAAGGAGACCUAAUGAUGAAUGGUGCCUUCUUCACGCCAUCUGGUGCGGGAGCGUCGUCGAGCUAUGCUAAGGCUUCCAGUUUGGGUGCCAGACCAUCUUCUCUGGUGGGUUCCAUUACGAUGUCGGCGGGUGCACUCGGUUGCAAGAAGGGUUCGCGUUGCUGAUGAUGUGACUUUGAGCGGAGGGAAUAGGCGCAAAGGCGCGCGGCAUAUAUAUAUAUAAGGCCCCCCAACCCCAACUCUCUCCUUCUGUUUCUUUCUUUUUAUUUACACCUUUAAUUCACUGGGGUAGAAAUAAGAGUAACAAGCGUCCAUAGUGAUGAUAUGAAGAAGGAAACCCAAAAAUAUACGUAUACUAUAGUAUAGGAGUUCAGAUCAGGUGGCGAUGUAGGCGUAUAUAUAGUUUCUUUCCCUUUUUUCUUUCUCCUUUUCUUUUCGCGUCUUAUAAUUACAAGUUUACAACCUCGGCCUGUUGCCCUGAUAACCACCUUUUGGGUUCGGUUAUUAUUUAUGAAUCCUGGUGGGGUUAGAGGAAAAGGUCCAGAAGUGUUGAUAGAUUGGAUUUUAUAUGUAUUAGCCCUUAUGCAUCAUC